UCUAUCUUUCUUAUACAGUGUCGUAGCAGCUAUGUAAUUCCACUAUACCUUCCUAUCUAUUUAUACAUACUUUAACAUAUAUAUAUAUAUAUAUACAUAGAUAGAUCUUAACUGUAUCUAUCACGCUACCAAUCGAGAAGGAAUUUGUCUGUUUCUGUCGCAGACUUUCCUCUCUUUCUUUUUUUCCUCCUUUAUUCCAUCCAAAAAACGCAGAAACAGCGUCGAAGUAAGGCCGUUAAGACUGUGCCAAUUCCAUCAGAUCAGCAUUAGUUUUGGUUUGUUUCAUUUAAUUUUCUUUGGUUUUAAUUUCCAGUCGGCUUAUAUACUUCCACUGCACACCACUCGCAUCCCAAGCUACAGUCGCGACUCUAUACUCCAAGAGAGACCAUUAAAAAACCGGAGGAAAAAAAUCCCUUGAAACACAGACACAGCUCAACAUGGCCCUGGAGGUUUCAACGGUGAUCACCAAGCCGUUUGACGGUCAAAAACCGGGAACAAGCGGCCUCCGCAAACCUGUGAAGGUGUAUAUGGAAGAGAACUAUACCGAGAACUUUAUACAGUCGAUGUUGACUGCGGCCCUGGGGGAUAAGCUGAAAAACUCCACCCUGGUUGUUGGAGGAGAUGGACGUUAUUAUGUUAAAGAAGCUGUCCUGAAGAUCAUCCAGAUGUGUGCUGCCAAUGAUGUUUCCAAACUGAUUGUUGGCAAGGAUGGAAUUUUUUCAACUCCUGCUGUGUCUCAUGUCAUACGGAAAUAUGAAACAGAUGGUGGAAUUAUUCUGACUGCCAGCCAUAAUCCUGGAGGGCCAAACGCUGAUUUUGGAAUCAAGUUUAAUUGUUCCAACGGAGGUCCUGCUCCUGAAGGCGUCACAAACGCAAUAUUUGAAAUGUCCAAAAAUAUCAAGACCUAUAAAACCUGCCCGAAAUUGACAAUGGAUCUCUCAAAGAUUGGUUCCAGUAAAUUCAAAAUUGCUGGCCAUGAGAUGGUCGUCGAAAUUAUCGAUCCCGUCGCUGAUUACAUCGCUUAUAUGAAGGAAUUAUUUGACUUCAACUCCAUCAAGAAACUCUUAAAAGGUGACGGAUGUCCAAAGUUGGACAUUCUUCUGGACUCCAUGCACGGAGUCACUGGACCGUAUGUAAAGAAAAUAUUCUGUGAUGAACUCGGAGUUGAUCCAAAGAGCUGUGUCAAUAGCAAUAUCUUGCCUGAUUUUGGAGGCCUUCAUCCUGAUCCCAACUUAACCUACGCUGCUAACCUCGUCAAUGAACUAAAGAAAGGAAAGCAUGGAUUUGGUGCAGCAUUUGAUGGAGACGGUGUAAGUCUUUUGCCGUUUUUUUUCCUUUAUAAAAAUGCACACAUGCUGGCACCACAUAUAAAGCACCUGUGCUGGCACGAAUUACUUAAAACAUCUCCAUUUUUCCACAGAGUUGCUCACGCUAACAAGAAAGAAUUCUUUGAGGUUCCAACUGGUUGGAAAUUCUUUGGUAACCUGAUGGAUGCCGGCCGUUUGUCUCUUUGUGGAGAAGAGAGUUUUGGAACUGGUUCUGAUCACAUCAGGGAAAAAGAUGGUGUCUGGGCCGUAAUGUGUGUGUAUGUAUAUGUGCAUUCAUGUGUAUGUGCAUCUGCAUGUAAAUAUGUAAAAGAGCCAUGUUAUGUAAUUGAUAAUGUCUCCCUUGUGUUUAGGUACGACUACGAAAACUGUGAAUCUGGUCCGGCCGAGAAGAUGAUGGAGGUCCUGUUUUCCUUCAUUGGUGAUCAGUGUAACAUUGGCAAAGACUUCACAGAGCAGGGCAAAACCUACAAACUGAAGAAAGCCGACAACUUCUCCUACACAGACCCCAUCGACAAGAGUGUCAGCGUGAAACAGGGCGUUCGACUAAUAUUUGCCGAUGACUCUCGUAUCAUCAUGCGACUCAGUGGCACGGGCAGCACAGGAGCCACAAUCCGACUCUACAUUGAAGGAUACGAAGAUGACAAGAGCAAAUACUCCAUGGAUGCUCAGGUUGUUCUGAAGCCGUUGAUUGAGAUUGCCCUGAAGAUUUCCCAGUUGCCCCAGCUGACAGGACGCUCAGCUCCUACCGUCAUCACGUAAACACCAACCGGCCGUUCCAACUCAACAUCCACUCCUCAAUGACAUGGGAAUUCUACCCUUUAAUUUUUUUUUUAUUGGAAUUAUUGCUCCAUAAGCAGACGGCACCCUUCAUAAAAAUGGAAGGGGGGGGCCCCAAUGACACGUUGGUUUUUUUUUUGGUUUUUCUAGCCUGGGAUUUAAAAACGUUUUAUUUAUUUUUUUUUUUUAA